UGUAAGUUGCGUCAUUUAUUUAUUCUUUCAUUUAUUGAUGCUUUUUCUAACAAACACCCUAAUUUCUAAUUAAUGUCCUUAUUAGUCAACGGUUUCUUGUUCCAAAUAAAUAAUCACAAAAGGGCUACAUCGGUUUGUGUUAAAUGUAAACGCUGUUAUGUUUCUCAUUUGUCGUGUCUCAAUGUCGUUAUGUCUUGUCGUCUAUAUGUCUUGUCGUCUCAAUCUUCGUAUCAUAUAUCUUACAUAGCACCAUGUAUUUUAGCUCUCAUUUGGUAGUAACUAGCAUACAACUUUAACAGCAUAACAGCGUGAAAUUUUAACGGUGGGCUUCAAGGGAUAAUCUCAAUGUUGUCAGUAUGUCGACACAUCAUGUCGAAAGUCGUUCUGAUAGAUAACGAUAUAAUUACCUCAACAAGACUUCAAGACAUUCAAAACAUAUUGUUCGCUUCUACUUUUGUUCACAAUACACUGCAAUCUCUUCAAAACACCUGAAAACACGAAAAAAUUGAUAUGUGAUUAAAACUUACAUUUUUAAUUUUAUUCUAAAACAAUAUUUUUGUUCUGAUUAAGAAAAACUCGCUGUCGAUUCGACUUUAGAUUCUAAAUUUGUAAGCUGAAUUUAUGACUAUAUAUAGUGAAGUAUAUUCGUCAAUGAACAAAGCAAUGACAAAUAAAGUUUUCUUUCAACUUUAUCAUCAACGUCAUCAUCUUCGUCAUCGUGGCAGCGGUGGCGGCUGCAAUGACACAGGCAAUACGGUGCGACAUCUGAGUAGGGUGUUUACAUAUUUUUUGGUAGUCACUUUUCUACUAGCUGGUCCACCAACUUGUACACAGGCACUGGACUGCACAACCAGCCGCUACACGAAACAUUUGUGCCUCUACAGGAACUCCUCCUGCUGCAACAGCUACUCUGGAGAUGAUUGUUGGCGGGAAUUGUCGAAACUUGAAGAUACUGCACCGGAAGUUCGAUUCAAACGGAAUUCCGUGUUCAUCGACGAGGUGGAAAAUAGACUAUGCAUCAAUGGGCUCAUACCCAAGAAUGAGAAGGGGGAGAAGUGGUCGCUGUUGCAAGGUUUCAAUAUUCAAGUGUCAAUAGAGGACACGACCAGUGGAUUCCCGAUGGGUAGUCAUAUGGCGGAGUUCAUGUUCACCGAUGAUAAUCGUGAAGCCAACGGGGGUCCCGAUCUCGAAGAAGUGCUCAUGUGCUUCCCAGUUGGAACCGCUGAAACCAUUCAGGAGCUCCGACAAGAUGACCAAGUGUAUUCGAAAUAUACGCAUGUGCAAUCUAAGCUCAGAUCAUGGAAUGAGAAGGGGGAGAAGUGGUCGCUGUUGCAAGGUUUCAAUAUUCAAGUGUCAAUAGAGGACACGACCAGUGGAUUCCCGAUGGGUAGUCAUAUGGCGGAGUUCAUGUUCACCGAUGAUAAUCGUGAAGCCAACGGGGGUCCCGAUCUCGAAGAAGUGCUCAUGUGCUUCCCAGUUGGAACCGCUGAAACCAUUCAGGAGCUCCGACAAGAUGACCAAGUGUAUUCGUAUAUACAAAUGGUGCCUCUUCCCCCUAAUGACGACUUGAAGCCCGUCGACUACCCCGGCAACCCGGUCCAGAUAUCCAGUCUGCCUGUGAAACACAUAGAGCUGCACAACUGCAGACUAAUAACAAUGGAGAAUAUCGCCAAUGCAAGCGAAGAUGAUGAAAGAGCAGUUGUUUUUAAAGACGAGAAAAACUAUUAUCAUUGGAAAAAGAUGACGAUCGUGCUCUCUGUUGUGAUCUCGCUUCUUGCUCUCAUACUGUUUGCUUGGGGUAUAUACAACUAUUCUUCGCAACUGAAGCCAAGUUUUGUGAAGUCUGAUUAUUCUAACGAAGUUGCUGAUGUCAAAGAAGCAGACUGCGAAGUUCAACUGAUGGCAAUAAAUCAGGCUGCGAAGUCAGGUGAUAACUUGAGGAUGAGCGAGCAGGACUCAAAUAAGAGUGCGCGAGAAGACAGCUUCGUACAUACAAACAUGUACAUACAAACAAAUCCUCAUCAGGCUUGUUCAUCUGAUGAAUUGCAAAUACAAAUGCAAUCAGAGCCCGUCGCUUGUUUUUAUUCAUGUUUCAAAUAAAUGCACUUUUGCACAAAUUUUGUACGCUAAAAAAUUUUAAAUUAGCUUAAAAUUCUUAUGAAAAAAGAGGUAUCAUUGGGGGGGGGAUAUUUAACAUGAUCCCCCAAAAAUAUUGGCGUCUUAUGCACUAAACGACCCAAAAUCAGCAUUUCUUGAACUCAAAAUAAAAUGGUUGAAUCUGAUUGGCUAAUCAUAUACUCAAAUUCAAUCAACAUGGUCCUGCAUUUCAAUUAAAAAUCCAAGCAGAUAAAAUUUAUGGCCGAAACAACCAAAAUUAAAAAACUUUUCUUCUGCUGAAGCCAUUUUCCCAAGUUACUUGAAAAAAAAAAUCAGACAAAGUUUAAAAUUUUGGUAAUUUCGGCUAAUAUUUUUUAUCGGCUGAAAGUUUUGAUUGAAUUGCCUGAAAAUGUUGCUUGAAUUUGGUGGCGUCCCUCAUGCUUGAAGGACUGAAUGCUUGAAAUUAAUUUUAGAUUGCUUUCAGCUAAUCCGAAUUGAAUAUUCAAAAUCUCAAAGUAAAUCACGAAAAUCUCCAAGAAAGAAAAUAAAUCCAGGCCAUUAGUGGUAAUAUUGACCGAUUAGAUAAUAAGCAGAUGAGUUUUCAAGACUAAAAAUUCUUUGUGAUUUUGACUUCAUUAAUC